AUGGGUUUGAAUAUUUUGGAAGAUGAAAUUGAAGAAGAUGAAUACACCAUUGUUGAGGAGAGAGAAAUUCUCAUGAUUCCACCAAAUUCUGAUGGAAAACUAACUUUAAGAAAAGCUCAUUUCCUUAAACCUCUAUUAAACCCCAAGAUUCAACCUUUACCCAAAUCCCCUUCCGUUCCUCUCCGUUCAAACCCUAAAAUCAACAUUGAAGAUCUUGGGAAAAGCGUGUCUUUUUAUGGUAGAUUAAAGCCACUAAAGGGAUUGAGGUCAUGGGUUGAUGAUUUAAAGCAAACCCAUCAAAGUAUAUGGAAGAAAGUUGGGAUCUUUGAUGCUAUUGCGGCAUCGUCUUAUAAGAUUAAGAGGGAUAAUGAGCUGAUUAUGUGUUUAGCAGAAAGAUGGUGCCCUGAAACUAACACAUUUGUGUUUCCAUGGGGUGAAUCCACCAUUAGUUUAGAGGAUAUAAUGGUUUUGGGAGGGUUUCCUGUUUUGGGUGCUUCUCCUGUUCUUAUUCCUUUUGAUAAGAACGAUAAAAAUGCUGAACUUUAUGGAGAAUUGAGAAAUUCUUAUUCUUUGAUUCAGAGAAAUAGUGGGUCUCAUUCUAGAUGGAUAGAGUAUUACAAGGGGAUGGGUGGUGAAAUUGAGCAUGUUGCAUUUCUUGUUUUAUGGUUAUCAAGGUACGUUUACUCCACCAAUUAUUAUGGCCGGAUUAAUUAUAAAGUAUUUGGCGUUGCGAUUAGUGUUGCUAUGGGUACCAAGAUUGCUUUUGCAUCCACAAUAUUAGCUUCGAUUUAUAGAGACUUAAGUUUGUUGAAAGAAAAGAUUGUAUCUUGCACUAUGGAAGGUGUGGAUGAUGGUUUAGACCUUGUAAUUUGGGGACCGUUUCAAUUAGUACAGCUCUGGGCUUGGGAAAGGUUUCUGGAAUUGAGCCCAAAACCGAUGAAUUUAGUUAAGGGUGAGCCGAGAGUGGCUCGUUGGCACAAUGUAACAAAGCUCAAAACUCAGAAUUUGAGGUUGGAGAUUGAGUCUGCUGCUGAUAGUUUUGUAUGGAGGCCUUAUGCUUUAUGUCUGAAUAACUGGUUGUUUCCCAAGUUUUAUAGUGAUGAUGGGAUGUGGGUGUUGAUAGAUUCUGAGGUGGAUGAGGAUUUGUUAUCAUUUGUGAGGUGUUUGAGGCCAAGUGAGUUGGUAGGUUUUGAUUGUGUUAUGCAAUACUUGCCACAUAGAGUAGGAUUGCAAUUCGGAAUGGAUCAAGAUAUCCCAAAUUUGGUUGCUAGAUCGAAUGGUGAUAUGGAACUUGCUUGGAGUAGCUAUGCAAAACCACUUGAAGGUUUGAAGUUGUACUUACCUCCUCGGUUGUUUGAGGGAGAUGUUACAGUGCAGUAUUCAAAAUGGUUGAGGCCAGAAUUGGAUGUUGAUAAUGAUACACUGUUAACCUUUGUUAGGCGAAAGAGAAGUGAUAGAAAAAUUAACAAAGUGUCUAAAGUAUUAUUAGAGAGAGGCACAAAAUCUUUUGAGGGGAAUGGGACAGAGGAUACAAGGGUGUGUGAUCAUACUUGUGUUGAGGAAGACAAUGAGGAAAAGGUGGAAGAAAACUAUAUGAUCACAAAUGGUGGCAGAAAGUGUUUAGAUGAUACCCAUACACAAAACACAGGUCCAGAAACAAAGAGAUUAUGCUGUGUGCUAGCUGAGGAUAAUCAUUUAGAAAAAGCUCACAUUUCACCUGCUGAUGUCGAACAAGGGAAGGAAGAUGGAAGACAUAUUGUAGUUGAAAGUUUUGAUCUUGAAUCUAGGAUUAGUUUCUAUGUACAAAGAAGCUAA